AAUUGCCGGGGGUCCUGUGAGAAGAUGGGGGAUGCCGCAGACGCCAAGGAGAUGAGGAAGACUUUCAUUGUUCCUGCCAUCAAACCCUUUGACCAUUAUGAUUUCUCCCGAGCGAAAAUCGCCUGUAAUCUGGCCUGGCUGGUGGCCAAAGCCUUUGGGACAGAAAAUGUUCCAGAAGAACUCCGAGAACCAUUUUACACAGACCAGUAUGACCAGGAGCACAUUAAACCACCUGUUGUGAACUUGCUGCUGUCUGCAGAGCUCUACUGUCGUGCUGGGAGCCUUAUUCUCAAGAGUGAUGCUGCAAAACCACUUCUAGGUCAUGAUGCUGUUAUACAAGCCCUGGCACAAAAAGGCCUUUAUGUCACUGACCAAGAAAAGUUGGUGACUGAACGAGAUCUUCACAAAAAACCAAUUCAGAUGAGUGCUCACUUGGCCAUGAUCGACACCCUCAUGAUGGCUUACACCGUGGAGAUGGUCAGUGUGGAGAAAGUCAUUGCAUGCACUCAGCAGUAUUCAGCCUUCUUCCAGCCUACAGAGGUGCCCUAUGACAUUGAGGAUGCUGUCAUGUACUGGAUAAACAAGGUAAAUGAGCAUUUGAAAGACAUCAUGGAACAGGAGCAAAAACUAAAAGAGCAUCACAGUGCAGAAUCUGCAGGAGGUCAAAAGUCUCCUACCAAAUGGUUUUGGAAACUGGUUCCUGCUCGUUACAGGAAGGAGCAAACAUUGCUCAAACAGCUGCCCUGCAUUCCAUUGGUGGAGAAUCUGCUGAAGGAUGGUACAGAUGGUUGUGCUCUAGCAGCCCUGAUCCACUUCUACUGUCCAGAUAUCAUUAAACUGGAGGAUAUUUGCUUGAAAGAUACAAUGUCUUUGGCUGACAGCCUGUAUAAUCUACAAUUGAUUCAAGAAUUUUGUCAGGAAUACCUCAACCAGUGUUGCCAUUUCAGUCUUGAGGACAUGCUCUAUGCAGCUUCUUCAAUAAAGAGCAAUUACAUGGUGUUCAUGGCAGAAUUGUUCUGGUGGUUUGAAGUGGUGAAGCCAUCAUUUGUACAACCCCGUGUUGUUGUGCAUCCCCAAGCUGAACCUGCAAAAGAUGCAGCUUCUGCUCACAGCUUGAAUGCUAACAGAAGAAAUUACGUGGAUGGUCCAUCUGGUUCUGACUUUGUAGCCAGAUUGGAAAGUCCAGCUUACACACCACCUCAUCAACUGCAUACACCCCAGCAGCCUUAUUCAUCUGUUCCAGGAGUCAUCAGAAGGUCCACAUCAAUGUCUUAUGUAGAUGGGCAAGUAGGGACAUGGCCCAAAGAAAAAAGGUCAUCAUUACAUGGAGUUUCAUUUGACAUUCCUUUUGAUAAAGAGAAAAGCAUUCCAGCAUCUACUCCAAACAGAGGAAUUCCUAGAUCUGUGAGCAAUGAAGGCCUUACAGGAAACAUCAACCGCAUGCCGAAGCAUUCUAGAAAAAAUCUGUCCUUCAAACCAGUAAAUGGAGAAGAGGAGAAUCAAGAUAUCGAAGAGGAAAAGGACAUGACACCUCUUAAAGACUCAAAGGCCAAUCAGUCUCUUAAUGCAAAUCUAAGAAAUGCCAAUGAGAGCAGACACUACAGAUUUCCAAAUGGGGCUCUGCAAAACAGGGCAGUUCUGGAUGAUUUUGGCAAUCAGAUUGAGACACCAAGCAUUGAAGAGGCUUUGCAGAUCAUUCAUGACACUGAAAAGUCUCCCAGACUUCUCCAAACAGACCAAAUUACAAAUGGGUUCUUUCUUCACAAUCAGGAAAUGAGCAUCUUGAAUUCAAACAUUAAACCAAAUCAGACUACCCCAGACAUAAUCACAGACACUAAAGGUGCUCUGAGUCCUGUGACUGACAACACAGAAGUGGAUACUGGAAUACAUGUCCCAUCAGAAGAUAUCCCAGAGACAAUGGAUGAGGAUUCUUCUUUGAGGGACUAUACUGUAAGCAUGGACUCUGACAUGGAAGAGCCAUCUAGAUUUCUCCAGGACUAUGACAUGCGGGCUAGCAAUCAUAGAGAUCAAUUAAGUCCCUGUCCCAGCUCAGUAAGUACUAAAUCACAGGCAGGCAGCAGUGCUUCUUCGAGCUCAGGGGUUAAAAUGACCAGCUUUGCUGAGCAGAAAUUCAGGAAGUUGAAUCACACAGAUAGUAAAAGCAGUGGAAGCAGUUCUCAGAAAACCACACCAGAAGGUUCUGAGUUGAACAUCCCUCAUAUGGUUGCUUGGGCCCACAUUCCCGAGGAGGCAUCUGUUCCUCAAGGAAGAGACACUACACAACUACUGGCUUCUGAAAUGGUACAGCUGAGGAUGAAGCUAGAGGAAAAGAGGCGAGCCAUUGAAGCACAGAAGAAGAAAGUUGAAGCUGCAUUCACAAAGCAGAGGCAGAAAAUGGGAAGAACAGCUUUUCUCAAUGUUGUGAAAAAGAAAGGUGAUGGGGUAUCACCUCUCCGAGAGGAAGCAGCAGGAGCUGAAGAUGAGAAGGUAUUCACUGACAGCAAUCAGUUGAAAGAAAAAGAAACUCAGAAAUCAGAUGACCAAACUAGUAUGACUUCAGAAUUAAUAAAAGAAAACCCAGAAAAUUCUCAUAGCAAAUGGGUAAAGUCUCCUGCUACUUCUGGGGAUGCUGAAAAGCAGUGGAAUUUAGCAAGCCCCUCAGAAGAAAAUCUUAAUGAUGGAGAUCUCUUAGAAUAUACAAAAUCUAUUGAAAAACUAAAUUCUUCCCUACACUUUCUCCAACAAGAAAUGCAACGUCUAUCCCUUCAGCAGGAGAUGCUGAUGCAGAUGAGAGAGCAGCAAGCUUGGGUUAUUUCUCCUCCUCAACCUUCUCCCCAGAAGCAGAUUCGGGACUUUAAGUCUUCUUCAAGGCAAGGAGGAACUCCAGCUCCUGUUGCACCUUUCUCACAGGAAUCUCCUCGCUCUACCCAUCAAUCUCCACAAUCUUCCAACCGGAAGAAUGCCUCUUUUCACAUUAAAAUGCAAAGGACUCCUAGGCCAAAUGAACUGAAAAUAACACCUCUAAACCGCACCCUGACUGCCCCACGGUCUGUGGACAGUCUUCCCCGUUUGAGGAGGUUUUCUCCCAGUCAGGUUCCCAUUCAGACUAGAUCAUUUGUUUGCUUUGGAGACGAUGGUGAACAUGCAAGCGAACCUCAGUUAAAGGGAAAUCUUUUGAAAGAAGUCAAGCCUACAGAAGAGAUAGCAAAAGAAGAAGGACCAAAAUUGCCAAAACAGGGUGAGCAGAAGUUAGAGGAAAAGGAGAUAAAGCCUAUUGAAUCUAAUGUUUCUGAAGUAUUAUCUCAGCCUAUCACAGAAACUGUCUGCCUCACCCCAAAUGAAGAACAGCUAAACCAACCGGUUUUACCACCUCCAGCUCCCAAAACAGCUAACUUAAUUGAAGUUUCCCUAUCAGAUUUGAAGCCACCAGAAAAAAGUGAGGUAUCUGUUGAGAAAUAUGAAGGUGAGAGUGACAGAGAACAGUUUGAAGAUGACCAGAAAGUGUGUUGUGGAUUCUUUUUUAAGGAUGAUCAAAAGGCAGAAAAUGAUAUGGCAAUGAAACGAGCAGCAUUGUUGGAGAAGCGUUUGAGAAGGGAAAGAGAGACUUUGCUUCGAAAGCAGCAGCUGGAAGCAGAACUGGAACAUAAGAAGGAAGAGACCAGACGCAGAACAGAAGAAGAACGUCAGAAGAAGGAGGAUGAACGAGCACGGCGAGAAUUCAUUAAGCAGGAAUAUAUGAGAAGGAAACAACUCAAGCUUAUGGAAGACAUGGAUACUGUCAUAAAGCCACGUUCCCUCUCAAUCAAACAGAAAAAGCCACGUCCAAAAUCUAUUCAUAGAGACCAUAUUGAAUCACCUAAGACACCAAUCAAAGGUCCACCAGUAUCUAGUCUUUCAUUGGCAUCGCUGAAUACAGGGGACAAUGAGAGUGUGCAGUCAGGCAAGAGAACACCAAGGUCUGAAUCUGUGGAAGGAUUUUUAUCUCCAAGUCGCUGUGGUAGUCGUAAUGGAGAAAAAGAUUGGGAAAAUGCAUCUACAACUUCUUCAGUUGCCUCUGCUACAGAGUACACAGGACCAAAGCUCUUCAAAGAACCCAGUGCUAAAUCCAAUAAGUAUAUAAUUCAGAAUGCACUGGCACAUUGCUGCCUGGCUGGAAAAGUAAAUGAAGGUCAAAAGAAAAAGAUCCUGGAGGAAAUGGAAAAAUCUGAUGCCAAUAAUUUCCUAAUCUUGUUCCGGGAUUCAGGCUGCCAGUUCAGAUCUCUGUAUACGUACUGCCCUGAUACAGAAGAAAUCAAUAAAUUAACAGGAAUAGGUCCCAAAUCUAUCACAAAGAAAAUGAUAGAAGGACUGUAUAAAUACAACUCUGACAGGAAGCAAUUUAGCCACAUACCUGCCAAAACUUUGUCUGCCAGUGUUGAUGCAAUUACCAUUCACAGCCAUUUGUGGCAAACCAAGAGACCAGUAACUCCUAAGAAACUCUUACCCACCAAGGCAUAGUAGAUGGGAAAAAAUUUGCUUGAGACAAUUAUGAUAAACUUGCACUUCAUGUUUACUGCCUAUAGGAAAUAGAUUUCUAGUUGCCAACAAGACUCUUAGAACUUAAAACUGGACACCGAGUUCUAUUAUCAUGUCCAACUGGAAUGUAAACAGUGUUUAGGAGUGCAGAAGAUUAACUCUUAGAUGAAUAAUUAUGAGUGAUUACAGAAAUGUUUGACUUGUGUGGAGAUUUUUAUGUGCUAAUGCAACAUAUAGAGUAUAUUUGCUCUGUAUUUUGAUUAGAUACACUGAAGCACUGAAUGUUCCUCUUUAGUGACUCAAACUACAUUUUUUACAUCUGUUGCCUUAUAUGUUUGUAUUUGUGCUUGUCUUGAAAUAUUUUUCUUUCACUAAAGAAAAACUUCUUAAUAUUCCCAAUGCCAUCGAACUUUGCAUACUGACUUAGAGUAAAGACUAAAUGAUAAAUUGUACAUCACUGAGUAACAGCUGAAUGGGUCUGUUCUCCAAGAUCCUUACUGUGUGCUGUAACAAAAUCAAGAUUCAUUCCCCUGUGUAUUUAUAAUUAUUUUUCAAUUAAAUAGUACUGAUUUGCUUAUAAACUGAACAGUAAAGGAAAAACCUUUGAACUGCUUGAAGUUUCCUUCAAAUGAAUUAUUUAACAACUCAGGGUAAAGGUGGUGCAAUUUAUUUCUGUUUCAGUAAGUUGCCAUCUGAGAUGUAAUGAUUGACCAUGUGCAUGUUCAUAACACCAGUAAAAUUCAAAGUAAAAAGAUCUGGUAGGUCUCUGAAAUGGUUUAAGCAAGUGUGCAUUUAUUGCUUUGCACUGUUCCAGCUGGAGAGAGAGCACACGGUCAGCUCCUGCUUCUUCAAGGAAGGAAUAGGAACUCAUGAAACAUUCAGAACUAGAUCCCUGAUGUUGCCUAAGAGAGCACGAAAUAUACAGAAGAAUCACAGAAUUCACUGAGUCACACAUCUUUGAGAAUUUGUGCAUCUAAUUCCCAUUGAUUUUAAGAUCCAGGCCAGAUCUGCCAACUCAGACUUGAAUCAGUUUUCUAGGGAACAGACAUCUGCUAAGAAUUUUCAGUGUGUCUUUGUAAAUUGUUUUCUUGACACUAACAGGUGAUGUCUUGUGACACAAUUUUUAAGUACAUAUGGAAAAAAAAGCCUAACUGACAUUUCAGUAAAUCUAUAACAUGACCAUUUGCAAAAGCAAACUCUAGGCAUAUUUCAGUAUUAUUUAUAAAGGGCUGCAUUUUAUUUCAAAACAGUGUUUGAUUAUUUUAUAAAUCACUAUCCCAUUUCAGUGUUUGUUUCUCUUAUAAUUUGCUUUUAACAUAGCACUGUUCUGGAGAAAAAAAAAAAACACAAACUUGAAGCCUCCCCUAAAUCUGUGGCUUUUUGAUAACAUCAUACACCAGAGAAUUUGUUGGUGGGAGGGAAAUCUUAUUCUCAGGAAAAGACUUGAAUGAUUUGUGAUUCUGUUCUGUUUCAGUGUUGUGACAACUCCAUUCACA